CUUGGCCGACAGUAUUGCAUUGAUCAGCUGUGCUGCAAUUACAGCUGCGAAGAACCGUCAAGCCGACAGCGAAAAACCAAUUUCUCUGAACUGCGGUGCUGCGCGUGCGAACAUGUCUCAGGCAGAGUUUGAGAAGGUGGCAGAGGAUGUGAAGAAGGUGAAGACGAAGCCUUCGGACCAGGAGCUGCUGGACCUCUAUGGCCUUUAUAAGCAGGCCACCGUUGGAGACAUUAACACUGAUAGACCAGGAAUGCUGGACUUAAAAGGAAAAGCCAAAUGGGAUGCCUGGAACUCAAGGAAAGGAAUGUCCAAGGACGAUGCCAUGUCAGCCUACAUUGCACUUGGGAAGGAAAUCAUCAGCAAAUAUGGCAUGUAGUGGAUGAAAUAAACAAAAAAUUAAUGCAAUAAUGACAACAGUCUACUAACUCGAUUACUAAAAAAACGCUGCUUUCUAUUUAACAAGUAGCCUUCUGCUUUCAGGGGCCAUAAUUAUGCAGGAUAAAAUUGUGAUUUUAAAAUCUUUCGUGAUUUCUUUUCAUGGUUUGUCUUUUUUACAUAGAUUGUUCCAUUUAAUUUACACAAUUGAACAACCUCUAUGCAUCCUUUAGGGUUAGAAAUAUAAAAUUUGUUAAUUGCUAUUUUAUCUCAUUUAUGUUGUUUAUUGUUGUAAUCCACAUGUACACAGCAAUAUGCUGUGUACUUGUGCACUUUGAUAAGUAGCUUAAUUUCUAAUCAAACAAGGGCAAACUAAAUACUGUCAAAUGUGAACCUAUUGCACACAUUUUAAAAAUAAAACCUCUUUCUGAACUGUU